AAUGUACCACCAAGUCAGAGUCCCAUUGGAGGACAGAGAUUGCCUGCGCUUCCUGUGGUGGGCUGGCGGUGAUCUCACCAAAGACGUGGCAGUGUUCCGCAUGACUGUGCAUCUGUUCGGUGCUGUCUCCUCUCCGAGCUGUGCCAUCUUUGCUCUGAGGAAAACGGCUGAUGACAGUCAAGCUGACUUCCCAGAAGAGGUGGUGUCAACAGUGAAGGAGAACUUUUAUGUUGACGACUGCCUUAAGAGUGUGGAGUCUGAGGAAGAGGCUCUGUCAAUGGUGAAACAUCUGACCACACUCUGUAAGAAAGGAGGGUUUACUCUGACAAAAUGGACCAGCAACAGCCGCACUGUCCUGCAAGCGCUCUCUGAGGACCAGCGAGCAAAGGACCUGAAGGAACUCGACAUGGACCGCGAUGAACUUCCUGUCGAGAGAGCUCUUGGCCUAAGGUGGUGCGUCGAAGAGGACACUUUUACAUUCAAGCUGGACCUACCUCAAAGGUCUUACACAAGAAGAGGAAUGCUCUCUGUCGCCAGCUCAGUCUACGAUCCCCUGGGCUUCCUUGCACCAGUCAUGUUGCCUGCGAAACAAAUGCUGCAAGAGCUAUGCCGGAGAAAUGUGGGAUGGGAUGACGCCAUACCUCAAGAUCUUCUUCAUCAGUGGACAAGGUGGCUAGAGGAGUUGGAUAUGCUGUCUGAGUUCCAUGUCAGAAGAUGCGUCAAGCCCAAAGGAUUUGGGGAUGUUGUCCAAGCUCAGCUUCAUCACUUCUCAGAUGCAAGUGAGUCAGGGUACGGUGCAGUCUCUUACCUCAGAAUGCAGAACACCCAAAAUGACGUUCAUGUUGCCUUUCUGAUGGGUAAAGCCAGAGUAACCCCAUUAAAGACUGUCACCAUUCCUCGCUUAGAAUUGACUGCUGCAGUCCUUGCUGUUCGAGUUGACCUGAUGCUGAAAGCUGAGCUUCGAAUCCCGGUACAAGAAUCUGUCUUUUGGACAGACAGCACGUCAGUGCUCAAGUACAUCAGAAACGAGGACAGGCGUUUCCACACCUUUGUGGCAAACAGGGUCACGACCAUAAGAGAGUCAACCACACCUUCCCAAUGGCGUUACAUUUGCACGAAAGACAACCCAGCUGACGAGGCGUCCAGAGGGCUGAGGGUCCGACCGUUCAUUGAUCACAACAGGUGGAUACAGGGUCCAAGGCUGCUGCGUCUUCCAGAACAGGAUUGGCCAUGUGACGUGGUGGACACUGCGAUCAAGCCAGACGACCCAGAGGUCAAAAAGGAUGCUGUGGUGAAUGCAGUUACCGUGAAUGCAUCCUCUGACAGCACCAGCUAUCUUAUCAGCUACUUCUCAGACUGGAGGAAACUGAAAGUAACAGUAGCCUGGCUUCUGAGGCUGAGGAAGCUACUUCUGUACAGGGCUCGCAGAAGGAAGGAGCCAGCUGCUGCCAGCAGCACACAGGAUUCUACUGAACCCAAAGGAAGGUUGACUAUCCAGAAUUUGUCGGAGGCUGAGACCGCUAUAAUUCGCUUCUGUCAGCGACAAAGGUUUGAAGAAGAAAUAGCUGUCUUGUCUGCAGGGAAGACGGUCAGCAAGAAAAGUGUGCUCUACAAGCUCGAUCCGCGACUGGAGGACGGGCUCAUAAGAGUUGGAGGUCGACUCACCAGAGGUUCACUGCCAGAGGAAGCAAAACACCCACUCAUUCUGGCUAAAGGUCAACAUGUGGCAACUCUUCUCCUGCGUGACCUGCAUCAACGGCUUGGCCAUAGUGGUCGCAAUCACAUGUUGUCCACGCUGAGAAGAAAAUACUGGAUCACAGGGGCCAACUCUGCAGUGAGGAGAAUUGUGGCCGAAUGCUGUAUCUGCAGGAGAUAUCAUGCUCGGAUGAUGGGCCAGAAGAUGGCAGACUUGCCAAAGGAAAGGGUACUUCCAGACCACCCACCAUUCACAAAUGUAGGCCUUGACUACUUUGGACCGAUAGAGGUGAAGAAAGGUCGUGGCACAGUCAAACGCUACGGCGUAAUAUUCACCUGUCUGUCUAGUAGAGCGGUCCACUUAGAAGUUGCAAGCUCCUUGGAUACAGAUGCGUGCAUUAAUGCGCUGCGCCGUUUCAUCUGCAGACGAGGCCAGGUUGUCCGUAUCCAAUCUGAUAAUGGCACCAACUUCAUAGGGGCAGAGAGAGAGCUCCGAGAGGCGCUGUCAUCCCUCAACCAGACACAGAUUGAAGGAGCACUGCGACAACAAGGGAUUAAAUGGAGCUUCAAUCCGCCAGCAGCGUCGCACUUCGGUGGUGUCUGGGAGCGUGUGAUACGCAUGGUGAGGAGAAUUCUCAAUUCAGUUCUUCGGCAGCAGAGGCUGGAUGAUGACGGACUCCACACAGUCAUGUGUGAAGCAGAGGCCAUAUUGAAUGACCGGCCUAUCACCAAGCUGUCCGAUGACCCAAACGAUCUUGAACCUCUGACUCCUAAUCACAUCCUCUUAAUGAAAGGAAAGCCAUGCCUACCACCAGGGCUGUUCAAGGAUCAUGACUUGUACAUCAAGAGGAGAUGGAGACAAGUUCAAUAUAUCUCGAAUCUUUUCUGGAAGCGAUGGAUACGUGAAUACCUUCCAAUGCUUCAGGAGAGGCAAAAAUGGAAUGACCGCAAGGAGAAUCUCAAAGAAGGAGAUAUCGUCAUCAUUAUGGAUCCCACUGCCCCACGCGGCUCAUGGCCACUUGCAAGAGUCCUGGAAACCUACCCUGACAAAUGGGGACUUGUCCGCUCAGUCCGCCUCCAGACCAAGAACAACAAAAUUGAAAGGCCUGUUGCCAAGCUCUGCCUGCUGUAUGAAGCUCCAAAUUAG